AUGACGACUGUCAAUCCAGCUCAACCAUCUCUGACAUCCAAUGAUGCGGCCGUUCUUCAAGCACUGUUUGACGCAGAGUCAUCUCCAUCAUCCGGAGUAACGAUCGAAUCAACGCGACCUUCCUGGCCUGCGACCGUGAACAUUUCCGAAACAGACCUCGCCUCCCUGAAGACCCGGGAAGCAGACAUAAUCCGCAAAGUCCAGGGCGAUGAACCCAGUCAAGAGGUCGUGAAGUCUGCGCUCGACAAUAUUGACAAUCUUCUCCGCGAGUACCCUUCCUACCCACCCGCCUACACAAACCGCGCACAGAUGCUGCGCCUACUCAUCGACCUCCAAUACAAACAAUCCCACCCAGAAGCCCGGAGCGAGUCCUCGGACGACGCUCUCUUCACGCCUGAAGCCGAUUCCUUCUCCUCCCAAAUAUUUACAGAUCUCGGUAAAGCAAUCACUCUCGCCACGCCCGCAUCUCCCGCAGAUUCUUUGUCGACAGUUCAAGCGCGACUUCUCGCCGAUGCGCACACACAUCGCGGAUAUUUGCUUCUCAAAGCAGCACGGGUGCUGAAGAACGGAACUCUGUUGUCAGAGGGAGUGGUUGUUCCAGAGCGACUUCGCGGGCUAGACGCAGAUGAGCUUGAGGAGAUGGCUAGUCGAGAUUUCUUUCUUGGUGGGCGAUUUGGGAAUAAGGUUGCGCAGCAAUUAGCCGUACAGACAAAUCCGUAUGCGAAGAUGUGUGGAGCCAUCGUUAAGGAAGCUAUGAGGAAGGAGGUCGAAGGUGGCCAGGAUUGUACUUAG